AUGUCGAACAAUAACGCCAACACCGGUAAUACCAGCAAUACCAGCAAUACCAAUAAUUACAACAACCCAGCGGAAGAAGCAGGGCCACCCACCGGCUUCGUCUCAUUCCGAAUACCCACAACACACCCACUUAACGAGAGCGCAAUGGCACUAUUUCUCAUCGGGGAAAUCGCUGACGCCAUGAACACACAGCCAGUACCCGAAUUCGAGAGCUUCGACUUCGACGAGCCACACUCGGACCACGGCUCAGCCUCCAGCAAGUCCGACACCGACACCGACACCCCCGCCGAGCUCCUCUGCACCAUCUGUGGCCGCCGGCGGGAGUGGAUCCGUUACAUCGUGUGCGGACACCAUGCGUGCGCCAGCUGCACGAAGAAGCUGUGGUGGUCGAGGAUCAACAGGCCGGAUAGGGCGAGGGAUCCGUGGCCGACUUCGAUUCCGUGUCCGUUCUGCAGGGCAGAGGUGACGGCGGUGGUUGAUGGGAGAGAGGAUGCGGUGGGGGAUGUGUAUUCGGCGGUAAGUGUUCCGGGGGCGCCUGUUGUUAGUGGAGGUGCUACUGGAGCUGUUGCGGGUGAUGGUGGUGCUGGGGUUGCGGCGGGUGGGGGUGGGCGGGGGAUGCUUAUUGUGGACUGGAUGUUGAUGAGGUCGAAGGAUGCGUUGCGGAGGUUGCAGCUUGAGACUACGGAGCGUGUGGCGGCGGCCAGCGGCGAUGGAGAUGCAGAUAAUGGUGAGCGGGGAUGGCAUGAUGUUGGGGAUUUGGACUGGAAUGAAUUCUUCUUUGAAUAG